GUGUGGGUUAUUAGUAUGGGGGUGCGCCUGCGGAGCAUGACAGACGUGUGCCUCCUCAACCUGGCGCUGGCCGACCUCCUGCUGGUCAGCUCACUGCCCUUCCUGGCGCACCAGGCCCGAGACGAGUGGGUGUUCGGCGAUGCCAUGUGCAAGCUGGUGCUCAGUGUGUAUUACGUGGGCUACUACAGCGGCAUCUACUUCAUCGCCCUCAUGGGUGUGGACCGGUACCUGGCGGUCGUACAUGCCAUCUACGCCAUGCGGGUCCGCACGCGCUCUUACGGGAUCCUCGCCAGCAUCGUCGUCUGGAUCACCGCCAUCUUUUCAUCGUUCCCAGAAGUGCUGGCAGUGAAAUUAUCCAAUAGCAACGCGACGGCCAAAAAUGUCUGCGGCCGAGACUACGAGGACAAAGGUGGCCUGCGCGCCGGGGCCAUCUUCAAGAUGAACGUCCUGGGCUUUGUGAUCCCACUGACCAUGCUGAUCUUCUGCUACAGCCGAAUCCUGCUGACGCUCCUGCACAGCCGCUCAGCCAAGCGCCAGGCGGUACGCCUCGUCAUGGUGGUGAUGGUGGCCUUCCUGUUUUGCUGGACGCCCUACAAUGUCACAAACUUCUUCUGGGGGCUGCACGUUAGAGGCUACUUCAAGGACUGUGAGUCCAGCAACGCCCUGUUCCUGAGUCUCCAGAUCACCGAGGUGAUGGCCUACACCCACUGCUGCCUGAAUCCCCUGCUCUACGUGUUUGUGGGCGAGAAGUUUAGACGGCACCUGCUCCGACUGCUCAGCAAGAGGCCCUGCCUCAGGUGCAGCUCUCUCAAGGCCUACCUCAGCACGGCCAGUGGCUCCGUCUACUCCGUGUCCCGCAACACCAGUGUGGACGAGCGCUCCACUGCAAUAUGA